CCGCUUACACAGCCAAGACAGCCUGCUGUGCUGUGCCUCCUGUCUCAAGACGGACAGUUGCUGAUGUUUGCUUUGCAGUCCCCCACGUCGCUUGGGCCGCCCAGCUAAACACGGCCUCCGAAAUAAAAGGUUCUGUCGAUUAUAGAGACCACUUCAACAUCGUAGACUACCGAGACCCUACUCUGGUGUCUUUGAUUACCAACAUUGAAGUCAAUCUGAAGCUACUUUCACCUCCCAUUCACAACAACGCAGCCAUGGCUACCGACGCUUCAAACGGCACUUCUUUGGAUUUCACAACAUUUCAAAAUGUCAUUGAUGGAAAAGUCGUUGGCACAGCCAAGACGCGACACACCGUCAGCCCUUCCACUCUGGAAGAUAACCCGCCACUUCCUCUAAGUACGUCCGAAGACGUGGACAAGGCAGUGACAGCAGCCCAGAAGGCAGCAACAGAAUGGGCUCAGGUCCCCUGGGACGCGCGAAAGAAGGCUUUGGAGGGCUUCAUCGAGGCCCUGGAGGCAGAAGCGGAGGGUUUUGUGCAGAUGCUCAACAAGGAGCAAGGGAAGCCGCUCCUGUGGGCUCGGCAUGAGGUUUCCAUGGGGGUGAGCUUCCUCAAAGGCUUCUGCGGCUUGUCUCUUCCUGAGGAAGUUCUUGAGGACACGGCCGAGCGCAAAAUUACCACACACUACACGCCUCUUGGUGUGGUUGUCGGGAUUGUUCCUUGGAACUAUCCUGUCUUCCUUGCGUGUGGGAAGAUUGGCCCUGCCCUGCUGACCGGAAAUGCCUUCAUACUGAAGCCGUCCCCGCUCGCUCCAUACUCUGCUAUGAAGCUUGUUGAGCUUGGGGCGCGCUUCUUCCCCCCGGGCGUUCUCCAGGCUCUGAGCGGAGAUAACGACCUUGGCCCUCACUUCACGGCACAUCCAGGCGUAGACAUGAUCAGCUUCACAGGCUCUGGUCCGGUUGGAAAGCUGAUCGCCAAGUCGUGCAGUGCGACCCUCAAGCGAGUGACGCUCGAGCUAGGUGGUAAUGAUCCUGCUAUUGUGUGUGCCGACGUCGAUGCGGCAGCCACGGCUGGUAAGGUGGCAUUGUUUGCGUUCUGCAACUCGGGCCAGAUAUGCAUGGCCAUUAAGCGUGUCUAUGUCCACGAGUCGGUCUAUGACGAGUUCUUGGCUGCCCUGGUGCAGAACGUGAAAGCUCUUCAAGUUGGCGUGGACGAGACCUCGUUCCUGGGGCCUUUGGCCAACGAAGACAACUUCAAGCGUGUCAAGGGCCUGCUGGGUGACGUUGAAAAGGCUGGACUGAAAAUCGCAGUUGGGGGGACCCAGCCAAUUGCCGACAGAAAGGGCUUCUAUCUCCCCGCCACCGUCAUCGACAACCCACCAGACGAGUCGGCUAUCGUGGAGCAGGAACAAUUCGGACCCGUACUCCCUCUGCUGAAGUGGUCAGAUGAGUCCGACGUCAUCCAGAGAGCGAACAAGACCGAGGUUGGGCUCGGUUCUUCUGUGUGGACUCGGGACGACGAACAAGCCACACGCAUAAGGAAACAGCUGAAGUCUGGAAAUGUGUGGAUCAACACACACGCUGAGAUCGUCCCCAACGUCCCCUUUGGAGGUCACAAGCAAAGUGGACUCGGCGUUGAGUGGGGCGUGGAAGGGAUGAAGUCCUACUGCAACUUGCAGGCUGUGUUCACCAGACCACACGCCUGAGAUAUCCGAAGGUUCGAGUAGAUAAUGUACAUUGUUACCCAUUUUCUAUGCUCGGUGCAAAUCGUUGUGGGCUACCACUCACUGGUGGACGCAAGUAGGGCUUCGGAACAUUGAAUGAUGUCAGAUCUUUAAAUCAGUCCUCGGGAUCCUUUCGCUUUUUUGGCGGGACCAAAAACAAAUCAAUUACAGCGGCCGCUUUAUCAACAUCCGAGUUGGU